AUGAAGGCAUCAAGUUUACUACUAUUGUUUUGCAUCGCUAUUCCAUCUAUAGCCAUGAGUAUGGAUGAAAUGGAGCCAUCUGAUGUAUUGGAAUCCGCAAGUACCCAUAGUCAUAACGACAACAACAGCGGUAAUGGUAAUGGUAAUGGUGAUGGUGACAAUUUGGUACCAAUUGCUCAUGUUAUGAAGCAUCAGCAUGGGGUACCCAUCUUAGAAACCAACCUCUUACCUGAGGAAAGAUUGUAUUGGGAGAAUUACAAUACGACUACUUAUUUCACUGUAGAGUCGAAACACCGCAGUGCCUUAUAUCUGCAUAUUAUUGUUGGUUUGUUCACUAUCAUCUUUAUGUACCCUUUAAGUUUGAUAUUCAAUAAUUUAAACAUGUCAAAGACAUAUCUUGCUGUACUUGCAUUGCAUACAACUGCAAUUAUGAUUUCCUUAAUGUGUUAUUCCAUCUUUAUUAAUUCGAUCCCAAAUUUAUACCCGGGAAAUGCUUAUAACAAGAUGCUUAUAAUAUUGUUUGUUACUACCAUUUUGCAAGCUGUAUUUGCCUUGGUAACAAAUUUGGAACCAGCUGCAAAAGGAAGCAUUACCUCUGCUACCACCACAGCCACCACCAAUAGCACCACCAACAAUGGCAGCAGCUUAGGUCGAUAUUUCAGUCUCCGCUCCUCAACUAGCGCUUCCGAUGUUGAAGACACUGUCUCAGAAUCCUCACUGCUCUCAUCAACAGGAGCUGCAGAAGCAGAAGCUAUUAAUUUUGAAAAAUUGAAUAUGAUUAUUCCUGAAUCCAAAUUCUAUCAAUUUAGGAAAUGGAUUGCUCAAACUAGAUUCCAUAAAUCUUUUAAAGUUGGCUUUAACAUAUUGAACUGGGGCCAUUUCUUUUAUUAUUUGGUAUUAGUUCCUACUGGUGUUGCAACAUUCUGUAUCUAUGGUGAAGGUAAAAAAGUGUUUAACUUAUUGGCACAUUUUAUUAAAGGUGGUGUUUUUUUUGCCUAUGGAAUAUUGACCCUCGGAAGGUACUGUGGUGCAUUUGCAAACAAAGGAUGGGCAUGGAAUCACAAGUUUGUUGAUGCAAAUCGCAUUACCAACCCUAAGAAAUUGGGCUAUUGGGAACGAUUUCAAAACAAGGGACUUUGGACAAUGGAAAUGGUUGAAAGUUCAUUAAUUUUAUUUUACGGUUCUACAAACAUCUUCUUGGAACAUUUGAGUAAUGCUGGUGGUGAAUGGUCGCCAAAGGACUUGCAACAUGUUUCAAUUGCGUUUAUUUUCAUUGGAUGUGGUUUAUGUGGAGUAAUUACCGAAUUAAAGUUGCAAGAUUGGAGAUUUGAGCAAGCUGUAUCUAAUUACAAAAAAGUGAUUGCUGUCAAAAAGGCAGAAAAUGAAGAAGAAGUAAACACUUGUACUAGUGCAGUAGUAUCUUCAACAGCAGGAGCAACACAUGAGCAUCAACAACAACUUACUCCAGGUGUGUACCAAAAUAUAAUUAAAGCAAGUCCGGGUUUUAGUCCAAAUCCAUUCCCAGUAUUGACCAUAUACUGGACAGGUAUACUUAUGUCACAGCAUCAACAAGCAUCUGAACUCUCCACCGAAAUCCAUGUACAAUGGGGUAACUUGUUUGUAUUUGGAUGUGCAUUCAGAUUCCUUACUUAUUUGCUCAUGUUGUUAACUUCAAGCAAAACAACUGUUUUAACAAGACCACUGAGACCCAUAACUGAAUUGAUUGUUGCAUUUAGUUUAAUAUGUGGUGGGUUGAUAUUCAUGGAAUCUACCGAUCCUGUGGUUUUAUCAUUUGAGUAUUAUGGAUUGACUUCGAUGUUUACAUUGAAUGUGAGUCUUGGUGUGGUUACUUUAGUUAUGAGUUGGAUAAUGGUGCUUUUUACCUUUAAGGAUUGCUUAAAGGGAAGAUUCAGACAAGCAGUCAAAGAAAUAGUGUAA